AUGGGUCUCUCGGCAAAGAAUAACAAGAAGGGUGGAUCCUAUUUUAAUCAAUUGCCCGUUCAGAAGGGUAAUGGUAACCGGUUUUAUAGUGGGUUGCAUAGACUAGAUGAGGAAAAAGAGGAGAAGUGCUGCAAGGAACACAUUAUUAAUGAUCAUUUACCUCAGCAACUUUCGUCCAAUGCCUCCCUCGAGCAAGAUGAUGGGAGUGGAAAUGACGUUACUGAUCAAAGUGCCGAGGAGCGUUCAUCAGAAUAUGAUGGUGAACCAUCUAGAUCGGAAACGGAGAACGACGAUGAGGAGGAUGGUGCAUCAGAAUCUCAGUCUGAAUCUGAGUCCGAGGCGGAAUCCGAGUCCGAAUCCGAAUCCGAAUCCGAAUCUGAAGCUGAUCCAUAUGAACCUACUUUUAGAGGAAGACCUUCCUCUUGUGUCUUCGUGGCUAGCUUGGCAUCCAAUUUGCAUGAUGACGAAUUAUGUCUUUCCGUGACAGAUUAUUUUAAAAAAUUCGGUGAAAUUAUUCGCGUUAAAGUACUAAGAGAUCAAGCAAAUAGACCAUAUGCAUUCGUCCAAUACACAAAUGAUAAUGACGCCAAUGUUGCCCUCAAGGAAGCACAUGGGUCCAUAUUAAAUGGUAGAAGACUACGUUGUGAAAGAGCAAGAGUUAAUCGUACUUUAUUUAUUACUCAUAAUUCACCAAUUGAACUUUUUGAAGUUCAUGCAAUUUGUAGAAAAUUUGGUGAAUUGGAUCAAUUGGUACCCAAGAGAGAUGAUAACCCAUUCAUGAGAAGAUGUUCAUACCCAAUUUCAAAUUCUUCGUCAUGGUUUGCUCAAUUUACCUUUAGAGAUGAUGCUAUAAGAGCAUUUGCAAAUUUAAAGACAGAUUCAAAUUGGGCUGUUCAAUGGGCACAAAAUAUUAGAGUCCCCAAAUUCUUUAAUUUAUUAAACAAAGAUUCCCCCAUGGAUAAAGAAAAUAUAACAAAUUUUAAUUCACAAGAAGAUGGUGCUGAUACUGACCCAACUCAUGAUAAUAACUUGAAUAAUGAUAACAUGCAGCCAGUGACCAUUGAUAAAAAAUCUAUCUUUGUGGGUCAGUUACCAGAGGAAACAACUGAGGAGGUAUUGAAAAUUCAUUUCUCCAAACAUGGGAAGAUCCUAGAUUUGAAUUUGAUUCAUAAACCAAAAAACGUUUUUGCAUUUAUUCAAUAUGAAACAGAGAAUGCAGCUGCGAUCGCCUUGGAAACGGAAAAUCAUUCCAUUUUCAUAUCUAAGACAAUUCAUGUUCAAUACAAGGAGAUUGGUGGUAUUCACGGAAGAAGAAAUUCUAAGAGAUCUCAAUAUUUUUCAGAUAAUACUCAAAAUCCAUAUUUGGGACCUCAAUUAAAUUUAGCUCCGCCACCAAUAAGCAUGUACAGAAGAAAAUCAAGCGCUGAUGUACCCAUUUCAAUGCCCUAUGUACCAUCACAAAUUCCACACGUUUCUGAAUUUGAUUUGAAUCCAUAUAACCAAAAUCCUUAUAUGAAUAAUUUCCCCUCUUAUAGACGUAAUUCAUUCCCUUCAUGGUCUCCACCAAAGACUGAAAGUCAACCAUUAUCUAAUGAUACUACACAUGAUGGUAAUACUGAAGAGAUAUCCGAGGUCUCAGAUUCAGCUACUGGUCAAAUUGCCGGCUCAAAUACCACAUAUAAUGAUACCUCAGCUGGAAGUGUCGAUAGUGAUUUGAUAAAAAAAAAUACACGAGGCAUCAUAGUAACAGCUUCAAUGAACCAUUGA